AUGGGUGACAUAAACACAGAAUGGCCUAGACUAUUGAAUCUCAAAGGCAAGGCCAAGUGGGAUGCCUGGGAUCAGCUGAAAGGGACUUCCAAAGAAGAUGCCAUGAAAGCUUACAUAAAUGAAGUCAAAGAGCUAUAG